GCACUUGCUGCGCGCGGUCGUGUUCGUAGGGGAUCUGGCGUCUCGUUCGUUCACUUUUUCAUCUGUGCGGUUUUACGAUUUUUUGGUUUUCCUCUUUCUGUUCUCGGCUUUUCGCUGGCGUUUAUUCUAGACUUGAAAGAUGUGCUCGUUAAGAGUUGCGUGAACAUGAUUUUCGAGAUACUGUGUGCUGGUGGAAGUUCAAAUACUGUGAAUUGGCUUGAAAAAAGGUUCUGUUAAUUAACACAUCUUCGGACUGUUGAUUCGUGUCAGAUUUUAUAUACGAGACAGAAAAAAAAGUUUUGUUUGAUUCAAUUAUCGAUGAUGAGUGGAAAUUGUUGAAAUAAUAAACACCCUUCAAAUUGAGCCACCAUGAAGCAGCCUUAACCCGCCCUCACCAUACCUCACCAUACCGCACCGACGCUAUGGUGACUCUGAUCUAAGUGGAGGCAGAACAGAGAACAAGGCGCCAUGGAUGGAGAGAACAGAAUCAUCCUGAACGUCGGGGGAAUCAGAUUCGAAACAUACAAAGCGACGCUGAAGAAAAUUCCAGCCACUCGUCUCUCUCGCCUCACGGAAGCUCUGGCCAACUACGACCCGAUUCUCAAUGAGUAUUUUUUCGACCGGCAUCCUGGCGUUUUCGCUCAGAUCCUCAAUUAUUAUAGGACCGGGAAACUCCACUACCCGACCAAUGUAUGUGGCCCUUUGUUCGAGGAGGAGCUCGAAUUCUGGGGCCUCGACUCGAACCAAGUGGAACCCUGCUGCUGGAUGACCUACACGAUUCAUCGGGACACGCAGGCAACGCUGGCGAUACUCGACAAGCUCGACGUGGACACAGAUAAGCCAUCGGACGAAGAAAUAGCCAGGAAAUUCGGUUACGAGGACGAGUACCUGAGUGGAAGACUCAACUGGUGGCAGCGAACAAGACCGAAGAUCUGGUCUCUGUUUGACGAACCCUAUUCCUCGUGGAUGGCCAAGGUGAUUGCCAUCUUAUCCGUUUUCUUUAUCGGCGUGUCCAUCCUGUCCUUUUGCCUUAAGACUCACCCCAAUAUGCGUGUUCCUGUCAUUGUCAACGUGACAGUGAGGGGGGUGUCAAGGAAUGGGUCAAAUAUCACUCACUGGUACCUCAACAAAGACAGGACGGACCCUCACGACGCCUUCUUCUACGUGGAGGCUGCCUGCAACGCGUGGUUCACCUUCGAGAUCCUGAUGCGGUUCGUAGUGACGCCGACCAAGAUUGAGUUCGUCAAAAACACCAUCAACAUCAUCGAUUUUGUUGCUACGCUCAGCUUCUACAUGGAUAUCAUUCUUAAUCAGACGCAGUUUGCUGGAAGAGAGGACAACGCGGGCAAAGCGGCCGAGGUCAUCGAGUUCUUCAGCAUCAUCCGCAUCCUUCGUCUCUUCAAGCUGACAAGACACUCCGGAGGCCUCAAGAUCCUCAUCCACACCUUCAAGGCCUCGGCGAAGGAACUCACUCUCCUCGUGUUCUUCCUCGUACUGGGAAUCGUCAUCUUCGCCAGCCUUGUUUACUACGCGGAGAGGCUGCAGGCCAACCCCCACAACGACUUCAAGAGCAUCCCCGAGGGCCUGUGGUGGGCCAUCGUCACCAUGACCACGGUCGGCUACGGUGACAUGGUGCCCCGGACGUACGUGGGUAUGGUGGUGGGCGCCCUGUGUGCGAUUGCAGGCGUGCUCACCAUCUCGCUGCCCGUGCCCGUCAUCGUCUCCAAUUUCUCCAUGUUCUACAGCCACACGCAGGCGCGUUCAAAAUUACCCAAAAAGCGGCGCCGCGUGUUGCCGGUGGAGCAGCCGCGAAGAGCAGCCCGGCAGCAGCGUUCGGAGGGAGCUCUCAACAGGAGAAUGAACGCGAUCAAACACCACCAUCAGCCAGGCAUUAAGGACAUCCCCAAAGUGACGGGCACGGUGAACGGCUACGGGCAAGUGGCUGGCCUGAAAUCCAUGAGCUUCUGCACGACGCCGCAAAGUGGAGCGGUCAUCCCCACUCUUCCACCGAAGGGCCCCCACUUCGAGCUCCUCUACUCCACCCCAGCCUACCAGCCGCCGCUACAGGCCAGGGAGCCCACGGGCCGAGACUCCUACUACAGCAGCUCGCCCACGCCCUUGCAGGCACCGACCCAAACAUCCACGGGCGUCAUCUCCCUCACGCCCAACAUAAACAAUGAGACAGUGCAGCAUUUUCAGUGAACGCCAAGGACGCACCCGACGACCCCACAAUCGGAAACAAUCAUAAGGAAUCCAAUCCUGCUGAGGAGUUCCACGGGAGCAUCACUGGCCAUCGCCUUGAGGAUAUUCUGCAUUUAACUAAUAUUUAAGCGG